AAUUACAUUACUUUAAAUAGGCCAAUAUGAGAAGAAAACCGACGCAAAAGAAAUUAUACCUUCGUAGUGGCUUCAGCAAACCCCAAGAUGGCAGCGCUUGUAGCUCUCCGCGGCCUCUCCAGAAACUGUGGCGUUGCGUCACGGUUUGGCGCACUGCGGGUGAAUGGCCUCUACCGGGUGACCUCGCGGCCCCUCCUCCCAGCAUCCAGCACCGCCCUUGUCCCCUACAGCUUCCCCCCACGCCAGACGCAACAGCUCGUGGCCACCAGCAGCGUGCAUCGGGCGGCCCCUGAGGUGGAGCAGGCCGGCCAUGACCAUGUCCUACACUGGACCGCCGAGAAGAUCCUGACAGUCAUCCUCAUGGGGGCCAUCCCGACGGCCUUCAUCAUGCCCAACGCUGCCACCGAGUACUUCCUGGCCCUCUGCCUCUCCCUGCACGCACACUGGGGCGUUGAGGCCAUUGUGGUGGACUACAUCCGGCCAUCGGUGUUCGGCAAGGUCAUCCCCAAGCUGGCGGUCGGUGCCGUGUACGCGAUCUCCAUCGCCACCCUCGGGGGACUCUGCUACUUCAACUACACUGACGUCGGCAUCGUCAACGCCGUCAAGCUGCUCUGGAAGCUAUAGAUAUUGGGACCUGAACACCCUAAGCCUUGCCCUCUCCUUUUUUCAUCUCCUUAUCUUCCUUGAAAAUUCCUCCCUUGUCUACUUUUCGCCCUCUAAAACUUCAUCUCCCUAACUCCCUUGAAAAUUCCUCCCUCCUUUGUCUACUUUUUCUCCUCUGUAAAAAUUCAUCUCCCUAAGCCCUUUCCCUCUUUCAUCUCCUUAUCUUCCUUGAAAAUUCCUCCCUGCUUCAUCUACUUUUCGUCCUCUGUAAAAAUUCAUCUUGUGUUGCUUGAGUCUGAGGUGUGUGUUGUCUUGCUCUGCCAAUCUGCCAAGUGUCUGAUUCUGUGGAUAAUAUGAUACACUCAGGAAACAGUUGUCAGCAGUAAGAACAUCCUGUAGCAAUGAGAAAUACCGUUACUCAGAUUUUGAGUUUCAAGUUAUUAAUACUGCCACGUACAGCUAUGUUUUUAGUUCUAAGGUCUUACAAAGCCUUAUAAGUCAAUCAGACAACUGUCUAUGGCGAUAUUAAUGACUUAUAAUUCAAAAUAAUUCAAAAUUGACUAUAAAUGAUGGUAUUUCACAUUGCUGCUGCAUGUUUUUGGUACUGAUGACUGUUUCCUGUACGUAAAUCAUCAUAUUGUCCACGAAAUCAGACUCGCCGAGGGACAUUUGACAAGAGCUUGAUAAUCCACACUCUGACUUGUGCGCCAUGACUACAGGACUCUCGCUCUCCUGCCUUUCUCUCACUUUUUGUCUCCUUGUCUUCCUCCUCAUCCUCCUACUUUCCUCUCUUCCUCCUACGUUCCUCCUCUUCCAUGCCUCUACUACCCUGACUCACCUGCCUUUCCUUCUCAGUUUUUGUCUCCUCUCUUCCUCCUUUCCCUCUCUUCCUCCUCCUUUCCUCGCCUCUACUACCCUGACUCCUCCUUGCUAUCUCCAUUCAUCCUCCUUUCCUCCACUUUCAUUCCUCAACUCUUAGCAUUUCCUCCCAUUGCUCUCUUGAACCUUUCUCUCUCCUCCACUUCCCUGCCUCCAAUCUCAAUUUUCCCUCCCUCUUCCUCCUCCUUCCCUCCCAUUACUAACCUUUCUCUCUCCUCCUCUUCCUCCUCCCUCCCUCCAUCCUCUCAUCUGGGUGUCAUAAGUUCACAAGCACAGCAGCCGCCUUCUCCCAUGCCAGUAGUCUGCCACUCGCACCCUUCCUUCACCCCCUUCCAAGCCGCCCUAGCAAGCACCCGAGGCAGGCCAAACAGUAGAUGCAGUUUGGUUUGUCAUCUAGGGAAGGUUCGCCUAUCUGUAUGCCUCAUUACCAGUUAGUACUCACUCAUUAUGGAAGAGAAAUACUACAGAGGAACACUUGAGUCUAGGUAUAAGAUGUAAUUGUCCAAGAAGACUUUAUAUACCUUGGUUCAAUUUCCCUUUAGUAUUUCUUUUUCCUAGGUGUGAAUGCUAAGUGGAAAGGUGUUUACAGAUAGCCGAUUUAUACCUCUACUAAUUUACGUCGCCUUCGGAUAGUCCCAACAUGCUGAUUUAUAAAGAAGAGUCCCAAUACAAAUGUUUAGUCUUCAGUUAUGUCUUUCAAAUCACUUACGGUCUCAUAAUUAUCAUUGCCUAAGUUACAUACCCAAGCUUACUCCUUUCUCCCUGCCAUGUGCUUUGCUUCCUUCCUGUCAGAGUGAUGAACAGGGUAGAAGUGACAGCCAAGGAAGGACUUGAGUGCCUGAAUGUCUCUUAGUGUUCCCCCCAGUACUAGAAUGUCCCUUUGUAUCUCUUCUUACUUAUUCAGAUGCAGUUUUGAUUUGGUUUUUGUGGGAACGCAGCACAAAAGAAACUUCGAUUGGUUCAUGCUGGCACUCCUGGUCCUUCCUUAGAUGCCACCUCAGGCAGAGAAUGUGUUGGUGCUGCCUGAAACUUUGUGUGGGGCUGCAGAAGGCCCCGCUGUGCACUAAUGAUGGGGCUACUCCCUUAAAACUCUUCCUGUUAAUUGUUUAGUUGAGGCGGCCAUGUCAUGCAAGUCUAAGUUUGACCCGACAUUUCAUGGAGAUUAGAGUUACUGUUAAUUACAACAGCUGAAAUGUAUCAUGAAAACAGUUUGUGGAGGGAAGUUUGAUUCUUUUCUGGCAAUGCAAAGUGAAAUUAUUUAUGAUUAGUGUCAAGUAGUUCCUGGGUGAAGUAAUGUUGAGUAUCUGCUGCAUUCUUUGUAUAUCUGAGUCAGGCAAACUGAACACUGCAGAUGAUAUAAAUUACUUAAGACACUGAACUGUCAUGUAAAGCAAUGUGCAGUGAUAGUUUGCCUGAUCCAGAUACACAAAGACUAGUGAUGCAGCUCUACCCAACGCUACUUCACCAAGGGAAUUAUUAAUGCCAGGACCUAAAAGAAAUGUUAAACAGGCAAUGCUGUGGGCUGUACCUAUUGAUCCAGGAAAUUAUUAAUGCCAGGAACUAAAAGAAAUGUUAAACAGGUUAUACUUUGGGCUGCACCUAUGGAUCUAAUGUUAAAUGUCUACUGGAAGGUAUUACACUACAGCCCAGUGCCUCCUCACCCUCCCUCUCCCCUACUUCGUGUAUAUAGUUCAACAGGAGACUCUCACUACUGCCGUGCAUGGUUCAAGGGCAGACAAGGAAAUGAUUGUGACAUGCACGGCGCGUUGCUUCCUCCACUGCCAUCAAUGUUAUCACGGCCUCACACGCCUUGCAGGGCCUGGAUGGCUGAUUGCUAAGUCUGCUGCAGUGAUAAAAGCUUGUCUUUAGGGGUUUAUGUAUUUACUUUUUAUGCACAGAAGAUUGGGAACGAUUGUACAUAGGAAUAAAGUGUCUGACUUGUUAA